CGGUUUCUGUUCGCACUUCGCUCUCCGAUACUCAUCGUAAACGUAGUUUGUAUUUAGUUGGUUUGUACACUAGACCUUUCUUGAUAUAGUUCAACCUUUGGUCAGAGGGCUCGUAGUUAGAAUGGGGAGGUAUAAUCUUGUUGUAGAGGAACGAAGAUCUUUUUCACGUACAUCGAAGUUUAUCGUUCUUGUUGUUGUGUUGGUCAUUUUAUCUACGAUUAUUGUCCUUUGUGAGGCUUUGUUGUCUUCUGGGUCUACUAAACAAGGUUUACAUUCUACACAGGAGAAUAUCACGAUAAAACUAGGAUUUAUUGCCCCACUUCACAGUGGUUUAGGAGCAACAUCUACAUUAGGCAUAGAACUAGAAACCGCAUUCAGAAUAGCAGUUGAGAUUAUUAAUGCUAAAGCCAGAGGAAGAGUCAGGCUCUCGACCGACUUCAAAAGUAUGGUCAAAGAUGGUGGACUUGACCCUUCUACAACUUGUAAAAUUGCUGCACAGCAGCUAGCCGCUGACCCAGACAUUGUUGGCGUCGUCGGUGGUCUUCGAUCGUCGUGUUCGAUCGCUUCACAUCAGUACUUCAGAGACAAUGCUAAUACCAUGACACAAAUCUCUUACGGCUCAACGUCGCCAAUGCUUUCCAACAAAAAGACUUUCCCAAAGUUCUUCAGGACUUGUGCCAGCGACGUUCAUCAAGCAUCAGCCCUAGUCGCUCUGGUUACACACUUCAACUGGAAAAGGGUAAGCACCAUUACGUCCACUGACAUUUCUGCUAAAAACUUGUCAGACCGGUUUGAAACCCAGUCAAGAAUCAAAGGAGUUCGAGUGGUAGCUUCGUCGAGGUUUUCCUCCUCGGCUCAGCCUGAUACAAUUGAAAGAAAAGUACAAUUGCUCAAAGACUCACAAACUAGAGUAAACCUUGUGAGUUCUCUACCGAAGAAUGCCCAGACAGUCUUUCAGAAAGCCAAGGAUAAGGGUAUGUCAGGGCAAGGCUGGGUAUGGAUCGGCACAGAUGGAGUAACAGCAACACCUUUGUCAAAUAAGACACACCCAGAUAUCAAGAAGAGUAUGCAGGGUGCCAUAGGAAUUGCACCAAGAUCUGGUAAUGGUGGAGUAUUUCUUCAAGUUGUCGUCCAUUGGUGGAAUAAACGUAACAUAAGAUCUAAAUACCCCGGAGUCAUCUAUGAUACGCCACUGCGAACGUCUUCUUAUGUGCCUCAAGUUUAUGACGCUGUCAACGCCUAUUACCUCGCGUUUGACCGGCUGGAAAAAGCUGGGAAAAUAGCACCAGGCGACUCACCACAAAAGCUUAGGAGCUUAGUUUUCGAUGAGCUCAAGAAAUUCAACAAUCCUGUGAAUGGCUUCGAGAGCGCUUUAGGAAUGAACACUUAUUUCGACAGCAACUUCGAUGGUCCUCCUGCCUAUGACGUCGUGAAUCUCAAGGGUAUCGUGUGGGAGAGAGUCGCUACCUGGAAUAAGUCCAUUGGUAUCGAGAAACUACCCCAAAAAAAUAUCAUUUGGCCAGGAAACACGCGUAUACCACCAACAGACAAAGGUCUUCCUGGAAAAACCACCUUUAGGAUUGGCUUCUUAGCACCAACCCUCCCAGAACUAGGAGUGCUGGCCCAGUUGGGUAAAGAAUUCCAGGCAGCGCUCAACGUAGCCGUGGACAUGAUGAAUAAAGAUUUAUCUCUGUCGGUUGAUUUUGACGUAAAAGUACAAAAGGUUGGCAAGGAUCCUGCGACUGAUUGUAAGAUUGCUGCCGGUCGGUUGGCUAACGAUGGUGUUGUUGCUGUAAUUGGUGCCUACAGAUCUGACUGUUCAGCGGCAGCCGCUAAAGUUUUUGGUUCCAGCAGCCAUCGAGUCCCACAAGUAUCCUUUGGUUCAACAUCUUCAAGACUCUCCGACAAAACAAAAUACAAGUACUUCUUCCGCACAAGCUCAUCAGAUGCCAACCAAGCUCGUGCUCUUGCCGCCCUCUUUCGCAAAUACCGCUGGCCAGAAGUAGGCAUAUUGUCCACCUCGGACGCAUAUGGAGGCGAUCUGGCUGAUGAUUUCAAGAAGGAAGUGGAAGGAAUGCCAGAUGUCCCUGUUACUGUUGCGUCGACGCAAGAGUUUCCUAUUAACGGACGCGCUAACGUUGUGAGGCCCAAGGUUGACAAGUUGAAAACCGCGGGCACCAAAGUCAACCUUAUCUCCAUGGUACGGAACGAUGCAGAAACAGUUUUCCAGCAGAUCAGAGAACUGGGGAUGACUGGUAAGGGAUGGGUGUGGCUAGCAAGCGACGGAGCAACAACAUCUACCUUCGACAAGCAGAAGGAUCUUCAGAGAGCAAUGAAAGGCAUGUUGGGCGUACAACCAAAGAAUGGUGCGGGAAGUCUGUAUUAUCGAUUUCUUGCUGCGUGGAUGGACGGGAGCCAGGGUGUCUAUCCUGGAAGACCGGAUAACUGGAUCACAGUGGGACAGUACGACCCAAAGACCAAAGACGUGACCAUCACACGUGAUCCUGUUUUCCCCGGGGGAACCACCAUACCGAUAGUCGGUGAUGGCCGACCAACCUACAAAAUCGCUGCUUUCUUUCCCAAGCACAGCGACCUCGGGUCCCUGGCCGAGCUGGGAAGAGAAUGGGAAUCUGCUUUCAAAGUGGCUGUCAGUCAGGUUAAUGCUGAUCCUAAUUUUAAAGUGGCGUUUAGUUAUAUCCUGGUGGAUGGUGGUCCCAGUACUGUGACGUGUGACAAAGCUGCCAAGGAUCUUCCAGAUGACAUCGACCUGAUCUUGGGCGAGGCAAGGUCCACGUGUUCUAUCGCUAUCUCCAAGGCAACCAGAUCACGUAAGAUCCCCCAGAUGUCAUAUGCCUCGACUUCAUCCAAACUGUCCGAUAAACAAGCCUACCCGUACUUCUUCCGCACGUGCGCAGCUGACGACCACCAGGCCAUGGCCCUUGCAAAGCUUGUCGGGAGAUAUGGGUGGGAGAGGAUUGGAACCAUUGCCACAACAGAUGAUUAUGCUGAAGAUUUGGCAAGAAAAUUCGCACUGGAUUUGCGUAGAACUGGAGUUGAGAUCACCGCGGAGGAGAGAUUCAAUAUGCACACUAAACACUCCGUUAGCGAAGAGAUUAACGAUCUGAAGUCUAGUGGAGCAGCAGUAAAUCUGAUCAGCUCGGUGACUGACGACGCAGAAAAGGUCUUUCAAGAAGCCAUUGAACAGGGCAUGACGGGUAAAAAGUGGGCGUGGCUCGGAACAGACGGCUCAACGUCAUCAACAUUUAUCAAUACGCCAAACCUUAAGCAUGCAAUGCAAGGCAUGGUGGGUACCAGACCCAAGGCUGGCGACGGCCAGAUCUACCGAGAGCUCUUGAAGAACUGGGCCGAGAAAGAUGCCAUUCUAUAUCCAGGACUUAUUCAUUCGUCACGUGUUCAAGAGACGUCAGCCUAUGUUGCUCAAGUACAAGAUGCUGUUCUGGCCUUCGCUAACGCGUUGACAAGAUUACACGAAGCCAAGACCGUUACCAAGCUCACGCCACGUCCCACAAUGCAACGCGAACUGAUAGGAGAACUCAAGAAGAUGAAAGACGCUGAAACUGGCUUCGACAGCGCAGUAGGAACUAAAGCGUUUUUCGACUCGAACCAAGAUGGACUGGCGGAGUAUGAUCUGGUUAACCUAAAUGGAAACUCAUGGAUACUGGUUGGGAGCUACACACCUUCCAAGGGUUUGAGUAUCCGACGAAAGAUUGUCUGGCCUGGAGGUAGACUAACACCGCCAUCCUCGAGGCAACCCAAAGACUCGACGACGUCAUCAGAAAAGGUCCAGAAAUCCUCGGUCAGCUCAUCAGGCCUGGCUGCUAUGGGAGCUGUUUUUGGUAUACUGGCUGUUGCUUUAACAGGCUUCAUCGUUUUCUUAAUCCACCGUGAAAGAAGAGGAAAGCCAUCAUUUGGACCGAACGGCUUCAGACGAGCUAAUGGGACAGUAACUUCUCCAGUCAACAACAUCAGCGACGCGAUGGACGGAGCAGCGGCUGUCCUCAAUCAUGGUGUUAUAAGAUCAGAAGAAAAAGCAGUACCUGUCUGACAAUCAAAGAAAAAACCUUYGAGGCGAAGAAAAAGUAAACAAUUCAAAAUAAAGCAAGUUGGAAGCCAAGAUUGAUCUUUUAUGUGGAUAUUUAUUACUGAGGCAAGAAGAAAGAAAACCACAGCCAGCCCAACACMGACUGCGGACUGUAUAUUUUGUAUUUAUAUAACUCGUGUGUGCUGAGCAGGACCUUUACUUGGCUGGUUGAUCGGUUGGGAAGGCGGGUAUGUUAAAGGGGCGAGAUAUAGUAUGUGACUAAUUGAGUGCUUGAAUUACUUUGCAAAAGUAGUUUAAUUUGGGGCAAGCUAAAUUUGAUUUGGUCACCCUGUGUUUUGCCAUGGGCAUGGUUUCUAUAGUAACCAGGCCAGGCAUUUAAUGCUCAAGAGCUCUCAAAUGCCUCGGUAGGGUGACCAAAAUGAGUCUUAACUUACCCCGUAAAUGGAACUUAAAAUACUGGGUCGAGUUGAAUUUGCAAUGUAUUUUGAGACUGUUUUAGGGGUAGAAAUAGACGCCAUCUUGAAAACAUGUAUUCUACUGAAACAGUUGUGCAAUGCMCUUCUAUGCCAACAGGAUCCAGUUUUGUUAGCAAUUGAUCUUGGCCUUAGAAAGCAGGGAUAUGAAUUAGAUAGAUGACAAUUUUCAUAAAAAGAAAAAAAAAAGGUUUACGCUAGCUGGUAUAAAACAAUAUUAAAUUGAAAAUCCAUUUCACACAAAUAGAUUCGUUAACUUAUAAAUCAAUCAUUCUUUCAUCGCUGAAGGAAUUACCGACGUUUUAGUUAAUGCUCCCUUUUUACUAAACUGCUAAAAACCUAGGGCUCAGAAGAAUUACAAACUUUUGGGGAGGGGUGGGUGGAUAAAUUGCUCUUAGUUUUGUAAGAGUUAAGCUACCACGUGACUCUUGUGGGCGUUACCAUGGUUACUUAAAAUCAUUUCCCGCCACAAGUUAAAAUGAAAUUUCUGUAUGUAUGUAUGUUUCGUUAUGCUGCUAUGAACAUUUUAUAAACGCAGAAGAGUUUUUUUUACUAGAAAAUUUGCAGGUUUUGAAAUUAGAUUUUAAUAAUACUACUUUUAGAUAUAAAGAUGUAGAUUGUAAAUAGGCAGAAAUAAGAUAGAAAUAAAUGAAUAAGACAAAGCA